AUGCCGCCGAUACAGGGGAAGUAUGCGCGGUAUAUCCUGUUCGCCCUCCUGGGACUAGCACUAUUUUUCCUCUCCAGACGCUCCCUUCCCGUCCCCGAUAGCUCCGCAACAAAACUAGGCUCUGCCUCAACAUCUCCGCCGCCCUCCGAUGACCGACCCGUGAAUGCAUUCGGAUACUCGCUCAAUCCACAAUCAAGCAGUGAAGUAGUGAGAUUUGCAGCGAAUCACCCCGGCGGCCGUGCCAAUGCGACGUUUGUGACUCUGGCACGGAACUCGGACGUAUGGGAGAUUGCGCAAGCCAUCCGCCAGGUCGAGGACCGCUUCAACCGGAACUUUCACUAUGACUGGGUCUUCCUAAACGACCAACCCUUUGAUGACAACUUUAAGCGUAUCACAACAUCGCUGGUGUCCGGCACUACGCGCUAUGGUGAAAUUCCGAAUGAGCACUGGUCCUAUCCCGACUGGAUUGACCAGGACAAGGCAAGGGAAGUUCGGGAAGAGAUGAAGGAGAAGAAGAUUAUAUAUGGCCACUCGGAGAGCUAUCGGCACAUGUGUCGUUACGAGUCGGGGUUCUUCUUCCGUCAUCCUCUGCUGCAGGAGUAUGAGUUCUACUGGCGGGUGGAACCCGGCGUCGAGCUAUUUUGCGAUAUUCCUUAUGACCCCUUUCUCUUCAUGAAAGAGAAUAACAAGAAAUAUAGCUUCGUGAUGAGUAUGUAUGAGUACGAAGGUACUAUCCCAACACUCUGGGAUUCGGUGAAGCAGUUCAUGGGUGACCACCCGGAGCACAUCGCGGAAGGAAACUCGAUGCGAUUCUUGAGUGACGACAAUGGCGACACCUAUAACAAAUGCCAUUUUUGGUCGAAUUUCGAGAUUGCAAGCUUGGACUGGCUAAGAUCUAAGCAAUACCUGGACUACUUCAACUCGCUAGACCAGGCUGGCGGCUUCUACUACGAGAGAUGGGGCGACGCACCUAUCCACUCGAUCGCCGCUGGGCUGCUUCUCCAGAAAGAACAGCUACACUUCUGGGAUGAAAUCUCCUACUACCAUAUACCCUUUACCCAUUGCCCCCGCGAUGAGCAGCUGCGGAUGGACCUCCGAUGUAGCUGCGACCCCUCAGGGAACUUUGACUGGAAGGGCUUCUCAUGUCUUUCCCGGUACUACAAGACCAACAACAUGCCGCUGCCCCCUGGAGUAGACGAGUACAGCUGGCUGGCUAUCUUUGGAAUCUUCGUCUUACUGGUGGCUGUUGCUGCGAUCGUAGCAAUCGCCAUCAAUCACCGGGCCCGUAGGCACGCUCUUCAAGAGGUACAACACCUGUACCUGCAAAGCCAGACCCUCUGGGAUCGGUAUCAGAAAGAGAAGCGAGAAUGGGAGAGGGAGAGGAUGGGGCAUUCAUGGCCUGCAUAA